GAAGCUCCUCUUCUGGAUUUCCCGGGAAAAUUAGGAGCCAUUGUCAGCUAACCCCUCUUCCACAAUGGACGAGUCCGGCACUCAGCAUUCACAAUCUUCUCACCUCAAUCUGCCUCCCAAUGUGGCUCUAGCUCCUAUCUCCCUCGACAAUCUAGCUCCUUCCCGUCCUAUUGACCGUUUGAUCAACUCUAAUCACUAUAAAUCACCUUCCAGAACGAUUUACUCUGAUAGGUUUAUACCCAGCAGAUCUGGCUCCAAUUUCGCGCUCUUCGGUAUCUCGACGCCUAAAAAUUCUACAGCAGAAGACAGUUCUAGCACCUACACCACGCUUUUGCGCACUGCGUUAUUCGGGCCUGAUGCCGGAGUUAUAUCUCCGGUGACGCCGGAGAAGAAGGGCUUAUCCACGCCACCAAACCGAAAUAUAUUUCGCUACAAAACUGAAACUUGCCAGUCCAUGCACUCGCUUGAACCGUUCGUGUUCGAUGAUGUGGUGCCAGAAGCCAAUCAUAGCCCGGUCAAGGCUCCUCAGAAGAUUCCACGGUCGCCUUACAAAGUUCUAGAUGCUCCUGCGCUGCAAGACGAUUUUUAUCUGAAUCUUGUGGAUUGGUCUUCGCACAAUGUUUUGGCUGUGGGCUUGGGUGCUUGUGUUUAUUUGUGGAAUGCUUGUAGUAGCAAGGUAACUAAGUUAUGUGACCUGGGGAAUGACGACAGUGUUUGUUCAGUCAGUUGGGCUCAACGUGGCACACAUCUUGCCGUUGGAGCUAGCAAUGGUAAAGUCCAGAUUUGGGAUGCAUCUCAAUGCAAGAAGAUCAGAACAAUGGAGGGUCAUCGAUUACGUGUUGGGGCUUUGGCCUGGAGUUCAUCUCUUUUGUCUUCUGGUGGCCGGGACAAGAAUAUUUAUCAACGAGAUAUCCGUGCACAGGAAGAUUUCAUUGGUAAAUUCUCAGGGCACAAGUCAGAGGUAUGUGGACUUAAGUGGUCGUGUGACCACCGGGAGUUGGCAUCUGGAGGAAAUGACAACAAAUUGUUUGUUUGGAAUCAACACUCAACCCAGCCAGUCCUAAAGUUCUGUGAGCAUACAGCAGCCGUUAAAGCUAUUGCAUGGUCUCCUCAUCUUCAUGGACUUCUUGCAUCUGGAGGAGGAACUGCUGAUAGGAGCAUUCGCUUCUGGAAUACAACCACAAACUCACACUUAAGUUGUGUCGACACCGGAAGUCAGGUCUGCAAUCUUGUCUGGUCGAAAAAUGUCAAUGAACUGGUCAGCACACAUGGCUACUCGCAGAACCAAAUAAUAGUAUGGAGAUAUCCCACCAUGUCAAAGGCGGCAACUCUUACAGGCCAUACAUAUAGGGUUCUUUAUCUUGCCAUUUCUCCUGAUGGACAAAACAUUGUCACUGGAGCUGGAGAUGAAACACUUAGGUUUUGGAAUAUAUUCCCUUCUCCUAAGUCUAAGAACACUGAGAAUGAAAUUGGAGCAUCGUCGCUUGGAAGAACUAUUAUUAGGUGACUUUCAGGACAGCAUGGGGGGAAACUAACACACUUUAUGACACCAUCAAAGUGGACUUCUUGAAGGGCAGUUAUAGAGUGACGUUGUGGCUGCUAAUAUUUAUGUAUAUUGAUACAGUUUUUGUCGAUUUUAUAGUUUUAGUAGUAGAGUCGUGGCCAACUUCUUUUCCUUGUAAAGAAGAGCUACCUUGCUUUGUAUAGUUUGAGGAUUAAGUUUAUAUCUCAGAGGCAUCCUGAGACGCAUGUCUGUAUGUCUCCCAAAGUUUUGUAUAUAAACACGCUAUUAUUACCUGGUUUGACCUUAUUUUAAUCAUGCUACUCUUGUUAGAUUUUUUUUUCUUCAUAAUUUAAUUAAUCAACGUGGGAUUCUCUCUGUUC